AUGAAUACACAUAAAAAUAAUGAACGUUUUGAUGAAUAUUCUUUGAAUAAUAAUUCAAAUUUGAAUGCAUACCUAAACAUGUCAAAUGAGGCUCAAAAUAAUUUUUUAGUAAAUAGAAGGAAUGAUAUGAAUUAUGAAAUGUAUAAUUCUAUUAAUUCUGGACACAUGUCUAAUAUAAAUAAUAAUACAAAUAAUUUACAAGAUGCUUAUAUAAAUAAAGAAUUACAUUAUAUGAACAGUGAUAAAAUAAAUAUAGCGAAAAAUCAUCAGAAUGUUCAUAUGGCAACAUAUAAUAAUAUGGAUAAAAAGAACUUAAAUAAUAAUAUGAUACCAUUAAAUAAUAAUAUUAAUAUGAUGACAGAUGAUCAAAACUAUUUUUAUCAUUCAACUGUAAAUAAUAAAAUGAAUAAUACAAUGAAGGAAAAUAAUUUUAAUAAUAAUAUGAAUCCUGUAAAUAAUACUUUUUAUAAUAACCCUGAUAAUAACUUCCUUAAUAUUACAAGAAAUGAUAACGAACAAGGUUUAUAUGUAAAUAAUAAUAUCAUCAACAAUUUUAACAACCAAAGUGUAGAUAAAAAUAUUAAUAAUAAUAAUAAUGCAAACAAAAACGUAGAAUCUAUAAAUAAAUUCAAUCAUUUAUACAACAUGCAAAACAUGCAUCCUUUCAUUCCAAAUAUGACUAAUGGAAAAAAUGGGAACCUGGAAAACAAUGCAAACUUAUCCAAUAAUGUAAAUAGUGUAAGUACUAUAAGUGAAUUGCAUAAUUUUAAUUAUGUGAAUAAUAUGGACAUGAAUAGUAUGAGCAUGAAUAAUAUGGACAUGAAUAAUAUGAAUAAUAUGAAUAGUAUGAACAUGAAUAGUAUGAGCAUGAAUAAUAUGAAUAAUAUGGACAUGAAUAGUAUGAGCAUGAAUAAUAUGAAUAAUAUGAAUAAUAUGGACAUGAAUAAUAUAAACAUGAAUAAUAUGAACAUGAAUAAUAUGAACAUGAAUAAUAUGGACAUGAAUACUAUGAACAUGAAUAAUAUAAACAUGAAUAAUAUAAACAUGAAUAAUAUAAACAUGAAUAAUAUAAACGUGAAUAACAUGGAUAUGAAUAAUAUGAAAAAUCUAGCUAAUUUUAAUAAUGCAUAUCAAUAUAACAGUAUUCCUCAAUUUAAUAGUUCAUCACGUUUUAAUAAUAUAACUCAGGUUAAUAAUGGGAUAUCUCACAACGUUAAUCAUGUGUCGAAUUUUAAUAAUACAGCUCAUUUGGAUAAUUCAAAUAAUAUGAAUAGAUUAAGUGUAGUCAAUAAUGUAGGUGACAUUAAUUCUUUGCAUGAUCCAUUGAAUGAAAUGCAUGUAUUAAAUAAAAACGUAAAUAUGCAGAACGAGAACCAUUUUAAUGGUAUGAAUGAUGAGAUGAAAAAUUAUAACAAUGUACAGCGCAUUAAUAGUAUAUCACAUAUUCCUUAUAUGAAUAAUCUGAAAAAUUAUAAUGAGAAUACGAGUGUAAUGAAAGGCAAGGGAAGUACGAAUAGAAAAAAAAGUAAUAACGUAAAAAUUAAUAACAAUGCUGGAAGUGUUAAUGCGCGAGCGAUAUCUGAAAAUAAUCAAAUGGCUGCACAUAGUAAUGUUCCGAUGGGAAACAUUGAUAAGGUGAUUAAACAUGAUCGUUUGGAUAAUGAUCUGAAAAAUAUGAAUAAUAUGAAUAAUAUGAAUAAUAUGAAUAAUAUGAAUAAUAUGAACAAUGUGAAUGGUAUGAAUAAUAUGAACAAUGUGAAUGGUAUGAAUAAUACAAGUAUUUUAAAUAAUAAUAAUAAGAAAAUUACGAAAAGAGGAAGGGCCAAGAAAAAUAGUACCAUUAAUAUAAAUAAUAUUAAUAAAAUGAAUAAUACGAAUAACAAGAGUAGUGUGAUCAAUAUGAAUAAUAUGAAUAAUAUGAAUAAUAUUAAUAAUAUCAAUAAUAUUAAUAAUAUGAACAAUAUCAAUAAUAUCAAUAAUAUGAAUAAUAUGAACAAUGUGAAUAAUAUGAACAAUGUGAAUAAUAUGUUUAAUGUAAACCCCCAAAUGAAUAUCAUGGGUUUAAUGAAAGAUAUGAAUAACAAUAAACUUAUGAAUAAUUAUGUUAAUGAUAAUAAUAUAAUGAAUAUUGAAGGUAGCAUGAAUGAGAAUUAUAAUUUUGAGGGUACAUUAAAUAAUAAAAACAUUUCCAAUAAUAAUAAUAUAAAUGAUAAGAGUGGUUGUUUAAAUACAUUGAAUAAAAGUAAAAGUAGUUCGUAUAUAAAAUCUAAUAGAAAUCUUACAAUACCAGUUAAUAUGUAUAUGAAUAAUACAAACAUGCAUAAUUCAAAAGCUUAUGUAAACUAUGAAAAUCAAAAUUGGAUGGCACAACAAGCUUGUAAUAAUAAAAAUAUCUUAUUAAAUGAAGGUCCAAGGCAUGAUAAUAAUAAUAAUAAUAUUAAUAACAAUAAUAAUAACAAUAAUAACAAUAAUAACAAUAAUAACAAUAAUAACAAUAAUAACAAUAAUAACAAUAACAAUAAUAAUAAUGAUCAUAACAAUAAUAAUAAUAAUCACAGUAUUAUUAAUAAUAAUAUUGUUCAGGGUAUACAUCGUGGAAGUGUAAUAAAUAACCAGAAUUUAGACGAUCUAUCUUAUAACCCUAAUGAUAUUUUUCUUGAAAAAAAUACACUUACGAAUUAUAAUGAAAUGUUAGGAUCUGCAUAUAAUAAUAUGUAUGAUAAAAAUGUUAUAAAGGGUAAUAUGAAUCUUAUCGGCAAGCAUAGUAAUUAUGAUUUAAUGAAGAAUGGUCAUAUGAUAAAUGGAUAUAAAUUAAAUAUGCAAGAAAUUCAAAAGGGUAUGAAUGAAGUGGGGAAAAAAAGAGCACCUCGUAGGAGAGCUAAAACUAUUAAUUUAAAAAGUAUAAACCGUUUUGAUACUGUUUCUUUAGGUUUGAAGGGAAAUCCUAAUAUGGAUAAUACGAUCAAUAUGAAUAAUAUGAAUAAUACGAUCAAUAUGAAUAAUAUGAAUAAUGUGAAUAAUAUGAAUAAUAUGAAUAAUAUGAAUAAUGUGAAUAAUAUGGUCAAUAUGAAUAAUGUGAAUCAUAUGAAUCAUAUGAAUAAUGUAAACCAUAUAGAUAAUAAUAUGGUUCAUAAUUUGAACCAUAUGGUUAGCAACUUGAAUUAUAUGGAUAAUAAUACAAACCAUAUGAAUAAUAACAUUAACAAUGCAGGUAAUAAUUUGAAUGGUGAAUUUUCCAAGCGAAUUUCAUAUAACCAUUCAAAGAGUAGUGAAAAUAUAAAAGAGAUGAUGCAACCUCAUAAUGAAGCAAAUGAUAUAUCAGGAAAUAAUAUAAGUGAUAGUAAUAAUAUUACUCUAAAUAAAAACAUUGUAGAAAUGAUUUUAAGAAAUAACAAACCCAGCAUAGAUAAAAAUAUGAAUGAUAAUGUCAAUAGAUCAUAUACUAGCUUCUUAAUGAAUAUUGGAUCUUCCUUUUUAAAGAAAAAAAAAACAUCAGAAAUUAAAAAUGGGGGAAAUAAUAUCGAAAAUAAUAAAGGUACAGUAAUUAUGAACAAUCAGGUAGAAGAGAAAGGGAAAAGUGAAAAUAAGAGCAUGUUGGAGAUAAAAAAAGAGGAACAAAUAAAAAAUGUAGUAUAUAAUAAUAAUAAUAUUAAUAAUGAAAAAGAUCAAAAUGGGGAUCAACUUCAAAAUACAGAUCAUAAGCAAGACCAGCUUCAAGAUCAAAAUAAAAAUCAUGGUCAAAUUCAAGAUCAAAAUCAAGACAAUAAGAUAGAACAACUUCAAAAUAAAGAAAAUAAGCUAGAACAACUUCAAAAUCAAGAUAAUAAGAUAGAACAACUUCAAAAUCAAGAUAAUAAGAUAGAACAACUUCAAAGUCAAGAUAAUAAGAUAGAACAACUUCAACUUCAGAAUCAAGAAAAUAAGAUAGAACAACUUCAGAAUCAAGAAAAUAAGAUAGAACAACUUCAAAUUCAAGAUAAUAUGCUAGAUCAACUUCAUAAUCAAAAUCAAGGUCAAAUUCAAGGUCAAAAUCAAGGUCAAAUUCAAGGUCAAAAUCAAGAUCAAAAUCAAGAUCAAAAUCAAGGUCAAAUUCAAGGUCAAAAUCAAGAUCAAAAUCAAGAUCAAAAUCAAGAUCAUAAGAUAGAACAACUUCAAAUUCAAGAUAAUAAGAUAGAACAACUUCAAAAUCAAGAUCAAAAUCAAGGUCAAAAUCAAGAUCAAAAUCAAGAUCAUAAGAUAGAACAACUUCAAAAUCAAGAUAAUAAUAUAGAACAACUUCAAAUUCAAGAUAAUAAGAUAGAACAACUUCAAAUUCAAGAAAAUAAGAUAGAACAACUUCAAAUUCAAGAAAAUAAGAUAGAACAACUUCAAAUUCAAGAAAAUAAGAUAGAACAACUUCAAAUUCAAGAAAAUAAGAUAGAACAACUUCAAAUUCAAGAAAAUAAGAUAGAACAACUUCAAACCCACGAUCAAUAUCAAUAUCAAAAUCAAAACCACCAUCAAUAUCAAUAUCAAUUUCAACACCAAUGUCAAUACCCAUAUCAAUACCAGGUCCAGGGAGUAGGGGAAGCAAUAAAUAAUAAAGAAAUAGAAGAAAACAUAAACAAAUUAAAUGACGAAUCAGAUGAAAAUAAUAAUUUGGAAAAUAUGGAUGAAGAAGAAAUAACCAACAAAUCAGUAAUAAGCAAUACAAUGAAUAUGUUAGAACUGAAAAAUGAAAAUAAUAAUGAGAUGAUGAUUAACAAUAUAAAAAAAGAAGAAGAAAUAUCUGCACAAAUAAUGGAACCAGCAAAAAAAAGGGGAAGGAAAAAAGGAAGUAAAAUGAUCCACAAAAAUAUUACGAAUGAACAUAUUUUAUCUCAGUUAAAAGAACCAAAGAGAAAAGGAAGAAAACGUAAAACAUGGAUACAACAAUUAGAUAAUUAUAAUAAACUUGAAGAUAAUAAAUUAAAAGAAUAUACAAAUAAUAUAGACAUAAGAGAUGAUAAUAAAGCAAAUACCCCCAAUGGAGAUGUAACAACAAAUGAUGUAACUACAUUAUGUUGUAAUAAAAGAGCAAAAUAUGAAAUCAUUAAUCCAAAUAGUAUUCGAAAUAUGUUUACUUUAUUAAGAAAUAAAUUAAGUAAUUUAAAUGUAAAAAAUACAAUGAAUAGCCAUUCAGAAAUAAAUAUGUUAAUUAAUAAUUUUUUAUAUAUCUUAAAAGUAAUGAAUAAACAUAAACAAAUGUUAGAAAAUAUAUAUACCAUCAAUUUUACAAAUAUUGAUGAUAUAUGUGUCAGAAAUUAUUUAGAAAAACAUUUCCCUCUUAUAAAAGGAUAUAGAAAUAAAUAUGAAAUUACUGAUGAUCAUUUUGCUCAAGGAAACGCUGAUCGUCGCCUGUCCAAGGAGAUUAAUUGUUUAAGUGAAAAUGGGGAUAUUGCUUUAAAUGAGAACUAUGAACAAAACGAAGAAAAUGAAAAUAAUCAAAAUAAUGAAAAUUAUCAAAAUAAUGAAAAUAAUCAAAAUAAUGAAAAUUAUCAAAAUUAUCAAAAUAAUGAUAUGUCACCAAAUAACAUCCCUCUUAUUCAUAAAAAUGUAAAGGAUGAAGACAAUUUUGAAACAGUUUUUUUAAAAACACGUAGUUCUUUUAGUAGUGUAGAUAGUAAUAUUAUUCAUAUUGAUAAUAUACAAAAUUUUAAACUUUCCAAUUCUUCAGAAAAUAAAUUAAACCAAUUUGAAAAUAAAAAUGUAUUAUUAUCCAAUGAUGUUUUAUGUGAAACCAAAAAAGAAAUUGAGCAAAGUUGCAUGAACAGUCAGGAAAAAGAAGAAAAUUACCUGCACUAG